AUGGCUACAUCAACCAUCACAAUGGUCGAGUCUACCACCCAGGCCCCUCCUCAAGAAAUCGUCAUGAGCGACACAAGUCCUCAGCAUCCUUCAGAUGACGUGCCGGAUCUUAUCAGCAAGCUUCACGUGAUUCCAACAUUCACUGAUCCUCUCGCUGAACGCCAAUGGGCAAAGGAACAUCUCGUGGGUGCCUUCCGCAUCUUUGCCAAAUUCGGCUACAACGAUGGUGCAGGCGGCCACAUCAGCCUACGCGACCCCGUCAACCCAAAGUGUUUUUGGAUCAACCCCUACGCCGUCCACUUUAAGCUUCUGAAAGUCAGCGACCUCAUCUUCGUUAGCGAAGAGGGAAAGCCUCUAACCAAGACAAACCACAAAGUCAACCGAGCAGGCUUUAUGAUACACGCGGCGCUUCAUAAGGCCAGACCAGACGUCAACGCCGCUGCGCACUGUCAUUCACCCUACGGAAGGGCGUGGUCUGCGUUUGGAAAGCCUAUCGAGAUGCUGAACCAGGACUGUUGCAUGUUCUACGAUGACCUUUCAGUUUACGAGGGCUUCGGUGGCGUUGCCCUCGCACAAGAUGAGGGCGAGAAAAUUGCGAAGGCGUUGGGGCCCAAGCAUAAGAACGUCAUUCUUCAGAACCAUGGGAUUCUUACUUGUGGAGGGACUGUGGAUGAGGCAGCUGCUUUCUUCAUCGCCCUGGAGCAGGCAUGUCAGGCACAACUACUGGCCGAUGCUGCCGCCGCAAACGGUGUUCAGAAGCGAUAUGUCUCGGAAGAGGCAGCCAGAUUCACAAAAGCGGGAUCGGGAACACCAGAAGUCGUCUUCAUGCAGUUCAAGCCUGAGUAUGACUUGGUGCUGGAAGAGACAAAUGGAAGCUUUCUGUCAUAG